GAAUCUUUUGUAUUAUUUUAUUACUUCUUACACGCCACAGACUCCGUCCACUAACGAGACCCUGACUACAGUAGCGCCGGUGUUCUACAAGAUCAGUCAUGUGCUCCUGCUUCUAAAUUCAAGCGUCAACCCAUUUGUAUACGCUGUACAAGACUCUAGGUUCAGGAGAUGUAUGAGUAAGCUGCUGUGCCGAUGGAGGAAUACAAGAAGACCAAGCCUACCAGCAGACAAGAGCACAACACAAGGUGAAGCCCUUUAGAAUACCUUAUUUAUAAGUGCUACAGGAAAUCAGGAGACUGAGAUGCAUAAAGCAACUUUAUCAAUGGAGUGGCACAAGAAAAGAAAAGAGCACAACUCAAUCUGAUGCUUUUUAGAGUACUUCAAGCUUAUUUACAAGGACAGGACGCCAAGUUCAGAACUGAGAUGCAUAAUUAAGAUACUAUACCAAUGAAUGAAUACACGACAUGGAAAGAACACAACACAAGCUGACGGUGUUUAGAUGAUUUCAUUCAUAGCUGUUGUACAGGACGCCAUGUCCAGGACUGAGAUACACGAGUAAGCAAAUGUACCAAGACAGGAAUGCCAACUACAUAUCAAAGAAUUGUAUGUCAUUCGUGCGGGAUCCCUGUGCUUUUUAGUUUUGGGCUUCCUUUAGCAAAUCCAUGCCAUAUAUGGAAACAAACAAAAUGGCCGAUUGUUCAGAAGUGUUUUCGCGAUUUCAAACUUUAAAAUUCGAUAACAUCGAGAAAAACCAGUCUUUACGUACUUCCAAAUAAGCUAAGAUUAUCAAAUAUGGCUGACAAAUGAAGGACAACUUAUACAAUAUCUUUCGGAAGAAAAGAGCACAUUAGAUUACCUAUACUUAGAUUACCUCAGAAUAUCUUCUGUAAUGUUAUUUAUGGAUCUGGUGACGACAGAAAAAUAGACAUCCUACCAGAUCAAGAACAAAAUUGAGAGAUCAUAAUUAUAUCAUAUAUAUUAAUAAAAUUAUACCAAUUAACUACAAUACAGCCUUUUGCACGAAUU